AUGAGCAGUCCGCCCACCAAGCGCAUCAAACUCGAGGACUCUGUCACGCCUCCCCCUCAAACCGACAUAGAAGUGCUUGAUCCUGCUGAGAAUGACGACGACGGAGAACACUGCAGCAUCUGUCUGCAGCCGUACGCUGACCGCACCAUGAUUCCAACAUGCUCGCAUGAGUUCUGUUUUGAGUGCCUUAUCAUUUGGACUGAUCAGUCUAGACGAUGCCCUCUGUGCUCACAAGACGUCGGAAGCUAUCUAAUGCACAACAUUCGCUCCAAGUACGACUACCAGAAACACUAUCUCCCCCCGCUGCGCACUGGCUCGCCUAAGCAAAACGCAACCGCUAUCCGCGCGGACGCCCGCAGAAGGGCGGAACGAAGACGAGAAGUGGAGUGGGGAAGGAGAAGGCGGCGAGAAAUGGAGGAGGUGGAUGAGCUAGAGAGGGCCAUUGAGAGACGACGGUGGGUAUAUCGUAACAAGAUGUACGCGAAGCACGUCGCCUCCAACCCCUACACGCGUUACCGGCCAUUCCCAACCCCGGCGCAAUUCACCGCGUCCGCGGACAACAUUUCCCGAGCAACUGUCUUCAUUCGCCGUGAGCUGAUGGUGUGGGUCGAUCUAGACGUGGAGUUCUUGACAACAUUCACGGUAUCUCUCAUGAAAUCCUUAGACAUACGCUCAGAGCCCGCUGUCAGGCUUCUCUCCGAAUUCUUGGAUAUGGACGCCGAUCCCGGUCACGAACGCGCCAAUGCGGAGCACUUCGCUCACGAACUCUAUUCGUACCUUCGCUCGCCGUACCGUGACCUGGGGGCUUACGAUAAGAAUGUCCAGGUGAGAAAUUACCGACCUAUCCGUCCAAGGCCCGUUCAAGCUGACAAUUUUCUCGUAGUAUGA